AUGAUGUUUCCCUUCGCUAGAAAUAUAUUAAGAAGUCUCAAGAUGCGAAGCAUUCAGCAAAUUGGGGCAAGGCAGAGCCAUAGAAAACACUCCCCAGAUUUUCAUGACAAAUAUGGUAACACUGUGCUAGCCAGUGGAACCACUUUCUGUGUUGUUGCGUGGAUAUUUACAGCCACACAGAUUGGAAUACGGUGGAAUCUGUCCCCUGUUGGCAGAGUCACCCCAAUAGAGUGGAAUGAUGAGUAA